GAUAAUUCACUACACUUUUUGAUCUACCAAUAAACAAAGCUUAGCUUAGCUAGUUUCAUUAUUUUUCUCAAUCAUGGAUUCCUUUUUUUUCAUCAAAAUUUUCUUAGCUCUAAUUUUUCUUUCCACUCAAACCCUAUCUUCUCACUGCACCCAACUGUUUUAUCCUGGAUUCAAUGGAUCCAUCAACAUAACUUUGAAAGAAUCUGCAGAAAUCGAAAGCAAUGGAGUUUUGAGGCUAACGAGUAAUUCCCAAAACAUCAUCGGCCAGGCCUUUUACGCCUCUCCAAUUCAGUUCAAAAACUCCUCCAUCGCCGCACACGGCGGUAGCGGCGGCGUUGGCGGCGGACGAGCGUUUUCUUUCUCCACCUGUUUUGUCUUCUGUAUCAUCCCCGAGAACGGCGGCGGCCAUGGCUUCACUUUCGCCAUUGUCCCUUCUGAAGAUCUCAGAGCUAAUACUCAGAGGUUCCUCGGCCUCUUCAAUGGAACAAACUUCGACGCCAAAUCCUCAAACCAUAUCUUUGCUGUGGAAUUCGACACCAUCCGCGAUGUGGGAAUCAGAGAUAGAGAUGACGAUCAUGUGGGGAUCGAUGUAAACAGCUUGAUUUCGGAUAUUUCUGUUCACGCUGCAUAUUUUGACGAUUUAGGUAAAAUUCAAAAUCUCUCACUCCAAAGUGGGAAGCCGAUUAAAGUUUGGAUUGAUUAUGAUUCUGAUGAAAUCACUCUCAAUGUUACGAUUUCCCCUUUUUCUUCAAAACCCAGAAGGCCAAUUCUGUCGUACGGAGUGAAUCUUUCGUCAGUUCUUGAUAAAGAAAUGUACAUUGGGUUUACUGCAUCAACAGGCUCUCUUUCUAAAAGCUCGCAGUACAUUUUGGGAUGGAGUUUCGCCAUUAAUGGCCUAGCUCGAGAUCUUGAUCUCUCUUCGCUUCCAUUACCCAAAAAGAAGAGAACAGGGAAGAAAAUCAGUUUCUCUGUUUACGUGUCUAUUACAACUGUGAGCGUUUUUGUGAUCUCUGUUUUCGCUUUAGGUUUUUAUCUCUUUCGAAAGUACAAGAAAUCCGAUGAAAUCGAGCCGUGGGAGCUUCAAAUUGGACCCCAUCGAUAUUCCUAUAGAGAAUUAAAAAAGGCUACAAGAAAUUUCGGUGAGAAGGAGAUUCUUGGGUAUGGGGGAUCUGGGAAAGUAUACAGAGGAAUCCUUCCGAUUUCAAAAACCCAAAUCGCGGUUAAGCGAAUUUCUCAUGAUUCAAAACAGGGUCUCCGGGAAUUCGUGACGGAGAUCGCUACAAUCGGAAUGCUCCGUCACCGGAAUCUGGUUCAGUUACUUGGAUGGUGUCGGCGGCAGCAAGUUCUGCUUCUGGUUUACGAAUUUAUGGAGUAUGGGAGCUUAGAUAAUUACUUAUUCGACGAUCCAAGAACGAUUUUGAAUUGGGAACAGAGAUUCAAAGUGAUAAAGGGAGUUGCCUCUGCUCUGCUGUAUCUUCACGAGGGGUAUAAACAGGUGGUGAUUCACAGAGACGUGAAGGCGAGCAAUGUGUUAUUAGACGGCGAAUUGAACGGAAGGUUAGCGGAUUUCGGGCUCGCAAAGGUUUAUGAACACGGAUCGGCUCCAGAUACGACUCGGGUCGUCGGAACUUUGGGGUAUUUGGCGCCGGAGCUGCCGAGAACAGGGAAAUCGACGACGAGCUCCGACGUAUACGCAUUUGGGGCUCUGAUGCUGGAAGUGGCUUGUGGGCGGCGGCCGGUGGAAAUGAAGGCGUUACCGGAGGAGAUGACGUUGGUGGAUUGGGUUUGGGAUAAAUACAGAGAAGGGCAGCUUUUGGCCGUCGUCGAUCCGAAGCUCCAGGGAGUUUACGACGAAGUUGAGGUGGCGAUUGUGUUGAAAUUGGGGGUUAUGUGUUCGAAUAAUGAGCCGGAGCAACGGCCGAGUAUGAGGCAGGUUGUGCGGUGUUUUGACGGAGAAAUUAGCGUUGCCGACGAGUGGAAGGCGCCCCGUGGCGGCAGUAACGGCGGGGCGGGGGGGGAUUUUGUUGUGUCUUUUACGUCUACGUCGAUUAGCGAAGAAAGCUCGUGUUAAUUAUGCUAAUUAGUCAUUAGCGACAACGUUUUUUUCUUAAAAAUACAUAAAGCAAUUUUGUUUUUUGUUCUUUA